GGCGGGGCGGGGCGACGCGGAGAAGACGAGUCCCCAGCCCCACGCACCCGGCGCAGGCGGGCGGGGCUUGCAGGUCCCCCCAGGCACCCGGCUUUUGGCUCGCCUCGGUUGGCGGCGGCUGCGCUGCGCACACUGCUACCUUCCCUGGGGCUAGAGUCGCAGUUUCAGGACCCUGUGGCCAAGCUCGGAAUGCGUGAACCUGGUUACACACUCAUGCCUUUUCUAAAGUACAGAUCUUGUUCCCCUUGCCUCUGUCAUCUUGUUCUUAAUCAAAAAUCAUGGGAGAUGAAAAGGAAGCCAUUGAGCGUGGAGAUCUGGAACCAUCCCCCGGGAUGGAUCACACAGCCUCACUGUGUCAAGAAGCACAGGAGGAGACAAUUAUGAACCUCAGAAGUAUAGAUGGAAAUGAGCUAACAGAAGCAAGUAAUCUACUGAACCUCAACAAAAAAAAACAACAAGAUACACCAACUGAAUCAAGUCACUUGCAAAGACUAAAGCAAACAUUUGCCUGCCCUCCACAUGGUAUCCUGGAUCAGGUAAUAACAGAUGGCACCUUGGUGGUCCUCCUGUGGGCUGUGGUCUGGGCGCUCUCAGGCAGCGAGUGUCUUCCUGGGGGAAAUCUGUUUGGGAUUCUCACCCUCUUCUAUUGUGCCGUCCUGGGAGGUAAACUGCUGGGACUCCUUAAGCUCCCUACAUUGCCACCACUGCCCCCUCUUCUCGGCAUGCUGCUGGCCGGGUUUCUCCUCAGGAACACCCCGGUCCUCAGUGACUACGUGCAGAUCCAGCCGCGCUGGUCUUCCUCCCUCAGAAGCGUCGCCCUGGCCGUGAUACUGGUCCGUGCGGGCCUGGGCCUCGAUUCCAAGGCCCUGAGGCGGCUGAAGGGUGUCUGUGUGAGGCUGUCCGCGGGCCCUUGCCUGGCGGAGGCCUGCACGUCCGCGCUCCUGGCCCGCGUCCUGCUGGGCCUGCCCUGGCGGUGGGCCUUCCUGCUGGGUUUCGUCCUAGGGGCCGUCUCUCCAGCCGUGGUGGUGCCGUCCAUGCUCCUUCUGCAGGCAGGCGGCUUCGGCGUAGAGAAAGGGGUGCCCACCUUGCUCAUGGCUGCCGGCAGCUUCGAUGACAUCCUGGCCAUCACUGGCUUCAACACCUGCCUGGGCAUGGCCUUCUCCACAGGCUCCACGGCGUUUAACGUGCUCAGAGGAGUGUUGGAGGUGGUGAUUGGCGUGGCGGCUGGGACUCUUCUUGGCUUUUUCAUUCAGUACUUUCCCAGCAGUGAUCAGGCGCAGUUGCGGUGGAAGCGGGCGUUCCUGGUGCUGGGGUUCUCGGUGGUCGCCGUGUUUAGCAGCGGCUUUCUCGGCGUCCCUGGGUCCGGGGGACUGUGCACCCUGGUCACGGCCUUCCUCGCCGGCGUGGGGUGGGCCAGCGGGAAGGCAGACGUUGAAAAAAUUAUUGCGGUCAUCUGGGACAUUUUUCAGCCCCUUCUCUUUGGAUUGAUAGGAGCAGAGGUCUCUGUAGCGUCUCUUAGACCAGAAACCGUAGGCCUUUGUGUCGCCACCCUCAGCAUUGCGGUGUCGAUACGAAUUUUGACCACGUUCCUGAUGGUGUGUUUUGCUGGUUUUAACAUAAAAGAAAAGAUAUUUAUUUCUUUUGCAUGGCUCCCGAAGGCCACGGUUCAGGCUGCGAUUGGAUCUGUGGCUCUGGACACAGCAAGGUCGCACGGAGAGCAGCAGCUGGAAGACUACGGGACGGAUGUGCUGACAGUGGCCUUUCUGGCCAUCCUCAUCACGGCCCCAGUUGGAAGUGUGCUCAUUGGCUUGCUGGGUCCCAGGCUUCUCCAGAAAGCCGAACCUCAAAGCAAAGAUGAAGAAGUUUGAGACUCCGACACAAGUCCACAGGUGCAGGCACAGGCUAUUAAGUAUAACGCUGAAAAGCAGCGAGCAGAGGCUACUUUUGUCAAGAUGGGUUACUGAAAUAGGUGAUGUUUGAGCCUAAAACAUGAGAAUCGAAAGUC